AUGCCUAACAAGCAUUACGACACGCUCAACGGUCUCACACUGGAGGUGGCUAAUCACACGUUCUCGAUCAACACCUUUGGGCCUUUCUUCCUGACACAGGCAAUCCUACCGAAUGUUCUGGCCGCCGACAAUCCGAAGCAUAUCGCUGUAAUGUCAUCACGAGUCGGAAGUAUAGGAGAUAACAGCUCCGGUGGGUCUUAUGCAUAUCGCGCAUCCAAGACAGCAGUGAACAGUCUUUUCAAGAACAUGGCCAUCGAGCUGAAGGAGAAGAAUGUGGUUGUGAGCAUGUUACAUCCAGGCUUCACCAAAACAGGGCUAGAUCCUGAUGUCUGGAAGAUGGAAGAGGCGGUAGAGGCGGACGAAGCUGCUGGUAAACUGUGGGAGGUGCUGAAAACGAAGAACAUUGACCACACGGGCAAAUUCUGGCACCGAGAGGGCAUGGAACUUCCCUGGUGA